CGCUAAUAAAGCCAACGCAGAACACAAGCCACCUCUGUGCAAAACCACGUACGUGUCAGUACCCUAUUUUCUUUUCGAUCCCUGCAAUGGCGACCGCAAAACCUGCAAUCCACACUCACCCAACCACAAGCUAUAAACCUUCUCUUUCCUCUCAAUGGUCCUCACUUCCUUAUUUCUAUGCUAUGAUUUUAACCUUCAAGCCUCUUGUCUCUUCUUCUCUUUCUUUUACAUAGAUUGAACGGAACUUCUCUAACCUUUAAUUUCUUCUUCUUUUGGGAUUUUUUUAAUCUGGGUUUUCUUCCUGAAUCUUGAUUUGAAAGGGAAGUUUCAAGAAAUGUGUUUGGUUCCCUCUGGAAUACAAGAAAUGGGGAGCUGUAAUUUUCCUGGUUGGAAAAGAGCUGGUUAUGUCUCCCAAAUUCUUGAUUAGGGUUCCUCUGAAUCUUGUAUCCUGUACUUGUCUUGAAACAGUUGGUGACCGCUAUUUUUUUUGCUGUCUGGGACCUUGGAAUUUAUCUAAAAAUGGCUUGUCUUUAAGCUAUGGGUUUGUCCAGCUGAGUGCAGUUGUUUCUAUUUCAUCAUUUUAUUUUAUCUUUUUUUCGCUUUUGGGGCUGAGAAUGGAUUAAGCUUGGACAAUGACUUCAGCGACUGAUGUUUCACGCCAGAUACCAACAUGGGAGGUUGGAUGUACUGCUAGUAAUGGCAGUUUGCCUGUCAUGGAGGAUAAAAAUGAUAACGUUUCUGAGAAUUUAAGCAAAUCGAGAAUUGGCAAACCUCCAAGAAACCUCCCUUGCAUGAGGCAUUGCAGCAGCACAGCGUUUUUGACAGAUCCUGAAUUAGAUAUUGGAAUUAUCUGCUUGAAGUCUCCAGCAACUGAGAAUUCUGGAUUUCAACCUAUAUUUCGCUCAGGAAGCUGUUCUGAGAAAGGACCAAAACAAUACAUGGAAGAUGAGUACAUAAUUGUGGACAAUCUUCAUCAAUAUCUGGCUACAGCUGUAAACUGCCCAGUUCCUGGAGCAUUUUAUGGGGUGUUUGAUGGGCACGGUGGCAUUGAUGCAGCAUCAUUUACCAGAAAGAACAUUCUUAAAUUUAUUGUCGAAGAUUCACAGUUUCCAUCUGGCACAAAAAAGGCAAUUAAGACUGCCUUUGUGAAGGCUGAUCAUGCACUUGCUGAUGCUAAAUCUGUUGAUAGUUCCUCUGGCACUACUGCUUUGACUGCCCUUAUCUUGGGAAGGACCAUGCUUAUCGCGAAUGCCGGUGAUUCUAGAGCUGUAUUGGGCAAACGGGGAAGAGCAAUUGAACUAUCAAAAGACCACAAACCUAACUGCACCUCUGAGCGGCUAAGAAUUGAGAGACUAGGAGGUGUGAUUUACGAUGGCUACCUUAAUGGCCAAUUAUCUGUGGCUCGUGCUCUUGGUGAUUGGCACAUUAAGGGUAAUAAAGGUUCAGAAAGCCCCUUGAGUGCUGAGCCAGAGUUGGAAGAGAUUAACCUGACAGAAGAAGAUGAGUUUUUGAUAAUUGGUUGUGACGGCCUGUGGGAUGUGAUGAGCAGCCAGUGUGCAGUCACAAUUGUGAGGAAGGAACUCAUGAUCCAUAAUGAUCCUGAGAGGUGCUCGAAAGCACUUGUCAAGGAGGCACUCCAGCGCAAUACAUGUGACAAUCUGACAGUCAUAGUAGUCUGUUUCUCUCCUGAUCCUCCUCCUAAGAUUGAAAUGCCUAGAUCCCAUAAAAGGAGGAGCAUAUCAGCUGAGGGGUUAGAUAUUCUCAAGGGUGUCUUGAAUAAUGACAUUUGAGCAAAAACUGCUUGCAUCUUGUAUAAAAAACAAGGGAGGGAAUCAGAACUUCCACAGUUGGUGAGGGAUUUUUCCAAGUCAAGUCUGCUACCUGCUGCAGCUGGAAAAUGCUGGUUUCUUGAACCUAAACAUCCUGUAUAUUUGAGAUAGUUUAAAUUUUGAAGAGUUACUUUGUAGUGCUGAAUGCUGAUAUAGUUGUUGCAGUCAUUUUGGUGCCAUGUGAA